UGAAUAUUUGGAUUUUUGGAAUAUACUACACUACUAUUUUUUCAAGGAAAAUAAUGAAUAAGCUAGGUUUUAAUCUAUUUUAAGAAAAAAUAUAUGGGCCGAAUAAAGAGAUUGAUGGGCCUGAUUAAAUGGGCACUAUCCAGUUAAAGUACGCAAACAGAAACGUUUACUUUCGAAUCACACAACUGACAACGAUUUCGGUGAAGUUCGCCGUCGCCGGAACUCAUGGAUCGACCACCGUCGUUUCCUCACUAUCAACACCCUAAUCCGAACUUCUUCCACCACGUUCCUCCUCCAAAUCCUAAUCCUAAUAUCUUCUUCCGACCUCCUCCACCUCAUCUUCAAAAUCCUAACAAUUACUCCAUCGCUCCUCCGUCUCCGCCGCCGAUUCACGAGCUCUCCGGUACACUCACUUCUUUACAAUCCCUGUUGUCGGAAUGUCAAAGAACCUUAGAUUCUCUCUCGCAAAAUCUAGCUUUAGACCACUCUUCGCUUCUCCAGAAGGACGAAAAUGGCGGUUUCGUUCGUUGCCCUUUCGAUUCAAAUCACUUAAUGCCACCUGAAGCUCUCUUUCUUCAUUCACUUCGUUGCCCAAAUCCUCUUGACCUCACUCAUAUUCUUGGAUCCUUUAGUUGUUACCGGAACACGCUCGAGUUACCAUGUGAACUACAGUUGAAUAAUAACGGUGAUCUCUGUGUCUCUUUAGAUGACUUGGCUGAUUUUGGGAGAAAUUUCUUCUACAGAGAUUGUCCAGGAGCUGUUAACUUCUCUGAGCUCGAUGGUAAAAAGCCAACUUUAACACUUCCUAAUGUUCUAUCUGUGGAAUGCAACGAUUUUGUAGUUUCUGAUGAGAAGGAGAAAGGUAGUAUGUUGGAUAAAUGGUUAGGGAUUUUACCGUCUGAUCUCUGUGCAAUAAAGAGUGAGAUUAAUCAAUGGAGGGAUUUCCCAAGUUCGUAUUCCUAUAGUGUUCUUUCUUCGAUUGUGGGUUCAAAAGCGAUUGCAACGAGCGACUUGAGGACAUGGAUUCUGGUUAAGUCGACGAGAUAUGGUGUUAUAAUCGAUACAUUCAUGAGGGAUCAUGUAUUCUUGCUCUUUCGGUUGUGUCUCAAAUCGGCUGUGAAAGAAGCUUGUAGAUUGAUAGAGUCUGAUGCUAAUGCUGUUGGUGAGAAGCAGAUUAUGAGCUGCAAAAGUAGAACAUUUGAGUGUCCAGUCUUGAUUCAAGUGUUGUCUUGGUUAGCUUCUCAACUUGCUGUCUUGUAUGGAGAAGGAAAUGGCAAGUAUUUUGCUUUGGACAUGUUUAAACAGUGCAUAGUAGAAUCUGCCUUUCGGGUAAUGUUGUUUCAGUCAGAAGGAACAAGACCUAAAUGCUCUGGAGUUCUCGAGGAUUUGGAUGAUGCAAGCUUGAGUAAUAAGGAUGUGAAGAUGGUGAAGCCCUUUGAAAAUAGUUCAGGUGGGGAAGGUGGCAAAACUUUGGACAGUCCACAGGUGAUUUCUGUGUCUCGUGUUGCAGCAGCUGUUGCAGCUUUGUAUGAAAGAUCCUUGCUUGAAGGAAAAAUAAGGGCAGUUCGAUAUGCCCAACCACUAACGAGAUAUCAGCGGGCGGCUGAGCUUGGUGUUAUGACAGCUAAAGCUGAUGAGGAACGGAAUAGACGUUGUAGCUACCGACCUAUUAUUGAUCAUGAUGGUCUUCCGAGACAACGCUCAUCAACUCAGGAUAUGAAUAAAAUGAAGACAAGGGAAGAGCUUUUAGCAGAAGAGAGAGAUUAUAAGCGUCGGAGAAUGUCAUACCGUGGAAAGAAGGUGAAACGAACGCCUCGACAGGUGUUACAUGAUAUAAUAGAAGAAUAUACAGAAGAAAUUAAGUUAGCAGGAGGUAUUGGGUGUUUUGAGAAAGGAAUGCCAUUACAAUCCCCGUCUCCUAUAGGCAGCGAUCAGAAAGAAAGUGACUUUGGAUACAAUACUGCACCACCAACAUCAACAGACGCAUCAUCAAGCUUCUAUAAGCAAUGGAAAGGAGAGAACCGUGCAGCUAUUGAAUAUCCAAUGGAUGACAGAAACAAUUCAGAUAAAGUAAAGCGGCAUGUUGAGUAUGAUUCAGGUAGCUCGCAGAGACAACAGAGUCACAGAUCAUAUAAGCACGGUGAUCGAAGAGAUGACAAGCACAGUGAUCGUAGAGAUGACAAAUUCACAAGGAGCGAACGACAUAGCCUUGAAAGGAAAUCUUAUCAUCGAAACCACAGAUCAUCUCGUGAGAAGAGUUCUUCAGAUUGUAAGACCAAAAGGGAUGAUCCUUAUGACCGCUGCAGUCGGGAACCUAGAAAUCAAAAUUCUUUUGAAGAUAGAUACAUACCAACAGAAAGGGAGUGAACUUAAAAGAAGUAAAAGUUUACCUGGAGCAUCAGCAAUUAUGUGUGAAUCCGUAUCCUCUUUUGUAUCCUUAACCAAUUUUUUUCCUUCUUUGAUGCAUCUAAGUGUUAACCAAAUGUUGGUGAUAUUCUCAAAUUUCCAGCUAUCUCUUGCGUUUAUAGAUUCACUGUAGUUGCCAUUCCUGUCUGUCUAUAUAUUUUCAGUUUCUUUUUUCUUCUUUGGUUGUGACAGAUUGAAGUUAAUUCAAGUAUGUUCUUGCUAUGAACAAGCCAUGAGCCAUGAGAUUGCUGGGAAGAAGUGCCAAACUCCAUAAUUGUGAGAGACUGCAAUGUUUUAAGUCUACUAUUACUUGUUACUUUAGAAAACGGUUGUAGACGACAGCACACCAGUUUAAGUGAUGUAACCCGUACUGAUUUUUGCCGCAAA